CGUUGGCGUCAUGCGCUGCAUUGCACUUGAGUGACACAAAGGGUUGGAGGAGGAGCUGUUUGUUACAUGACCGAAAGAAUAAAGAUGAACACCUUUAUCCCAUUAUAAUCAGUUAAUUAUUAUGUAUAAUUUAGUACUCCUUAUCAAAUACUGUAAUCCGUAACAUACAACACCAACUGGCUACCCUGCAAGUUAGUGGUCACAAAGGAUAGGAUCUAAUGAUCUAUCCAUCCGAUUACCAGAAAAUUAACACAGCAUGAUCAGGCCGGUAUGCUGCAGCCAGGCGGUUAUACGUUCAAUACUUGAACCGGUCAUUCCUCGAUUUGCGUGUAGUUUUAUUAAUAUUUUAUAACUGGCCCCCAUACUUUUGGUACCUAUAUAUACCUCGUACGAUAGCCCCCUCUAUCAAACUCAUUACUCAUCAAUAUAUCUAUUAUCAGAGUGAAUAUGAAGAUCUUCAAUCUUGUCACUUUCCUUUGCUUAAAUGUCUCAUUCUUACUUCACUUCCAUUUUGGUACUUCUUCUACCUUGCUGUUUCAGGGUUUCAAUUGGGAAUCUUGCAACAAGGCAGGAGGGUGGUACAAUUCACUCAAAACCUCAAUCGAUGACAUAGCUAGAGCCGGAGUUACCCAUGUCUGGCUUCCUCCAGCAACUCACUCGGUUUCUCCUCAAGGAUAUUUACCUGGAAGAUUAUAUGAUCUUGACUCAUCUAGAUACGGAAAUGCGGCUGAUUUAAAGAGCUUGAUUAGUGCUUUCCACCAAAAAGGAAUAAAGUGUGUUGCAGAUAUAGUCAUAAAUCAUAGGUGUGCUGAUAAAAAAGAUGGAAGAGGAAUAUACUGCAUUUUUGAAGGUGGUACGCCUGAUGAUCGCCUGGAUUGGGGUCCUUGGGCUAUCUGUAGGGAUGAUACUCCAUAUUCUGAUGGGAGUGGUAAUCUAGACACAGGGGCUGGUUAUGGUGCAGCCCCUGAUAUUGACCAUCUUAAUCCAAGAGUACAAAAGGAGUUGAUAGAUUGGAUGAAUUGGCUUAAGGCCGAGAUUGGUUUUGAUAGUUGGAGAUUUGAUUUUGUAAAGGGAUAUGCUCCUAGCAUUACCAAAAUUUACAUGGAAAAGACAAAGCCAGAUUUUGCAGUUGGAGAGUUGUGGGAUAAAGAAAACUAUGAUCCUGAUGGCAAGCCAGACUACAACCAAGACGGGCCCAGAAAUGAACUUGCAGGAUGGGUACAAGCUGCUGGUGGUGGUGUUGUUUCUGCAUUUGAUUUCACUACAAAAUGUAUUCUUGCAGCUGCUGUUGAAGGUGAAUGGUGGAGGAUGAAGGACCCGAAUGGCAGGCCCAGUGGGUUGAUAGGAAUUAUGCCCAAAAAUGCAGUUACUUUUAUUGAUAAUCAUGACACCGGAUCAACCCAAAACUUAUGGCCCUUUCCCUCUGACAAAGUCAUGCUAGGAUAUGCUUAUAUUCUCACACACCCAGGAAUUCCAUCCAUAUUCUAUGAUCAUUAUAUGCAAUGGGGGCUCAAGGAAGAAAUUGUAAAACUGACUUCGAUCAGGCAAAGGAACGCAAUAAGUGAAACAAGUAGUGUCAAUAUAAUGGCCUCUAAUGCAGACUUAUAUGCAGCAAUGAUCGAUGGAAAGAUUAUAGUUAAGCUUGGAACAAGAACUGAUCUUGGAAAUCUUAUUCCCUCCAAUUUUAAAGUUUCUACUUAUGGAAAUGAUUAUUGUGUUUGGGAGAAGCAAGCCUAAUUAACAUCGACAUGCAUAUAUGCGCUCUAUACGGCAAUAAUUUCUUCAUAUUUCAGUAAUUUAUUUUUACCAAAUAAGAAGUUUUUCCUUAUUUGAAGGUUUGAAGCAUUUACUUCAAUAUCAUUGUUGUAUGUCUUCUUACUUUAUGUUAUACGAAGUAGACUUUUGUACUACUCCGUAUAUGGAGAAGAGAAGCACGAAUAUGUACGAUGUACCCACCUACUUUUAUCAAUAAUAUUUCCCAAGUUAUCAAAAG